CAAAAGACCCAAAACUAUCUCCAUAGAUGAAAAUAUGGAGCCAAGCCCGACCGGAGACUUUUAUCCUUCUCCAAAUUCACCAGCUGCGGGGAGUCGGACAUGGCAUGAAAGAGAUCAAGAUAUGUCUUCUCCUACAAUGAAGAAACCUGAAAAGCCUUUGUUUAGUCCCACUUCUCCCCAGGAUUCUUCACCAAGACUGAGCACUUUUCCCCAGCAUCACCACCCAGGAAUCCCAGGAGUUGCACACAGUGUCAUCUCAACUAGAACUCCACCUCCACCUUCACCAUUGCCAUUUCCAGCACAAGCUAUUCUCCCUCCUGCCCCGUCUAGCUACUUCUCUCAUCCAACGAUCAGAUAUCCUCCCCACCUGAAUCCUCAGGAUACUCUGAAGAAUUAUGUACCUUCUUAUGACCCGUCCAGCCCGCAGACUAGCCAG